AUGCCUUACAAGAUCAACGUUUCCUUGAAGAAGGAUGCCGAUGCUGCGCAGCUUGACCAAGCCAAGAAGCAGGUCUCUGACCAAGGCGGAAAAGUCGUCAACGAGUACAAGUUGGUCAAGGGCUUCACGUACGCAUAUGCUCCAUUCGUGUUGAAACAGAUCCUGACGCUCUACAGUGCUGAAUUCCCAGACGACAAGGUCCACUCUCUGCAGUCCAACGACCAUGUGAAUGUAGAGGCGGACAGCAAGGUCACGACGCAAUAA